CGCGGCGCGGCCCGGCCCGGGCGGUGCAAGAUGGCGGCGCGCUGGAGCAGCGAGAAUGUGGUGGUGGAGUUCCGCGACGCGCAGGCGACCGCGAUGUCGGUGGAUUGCCUGGGACAGCGCGCGGUGCUCUCGGGCCGCCGCUUCCUCUACAUCGUCAACCUGGAUGCCCCAAACGAGGGUCACCGGAAGAUCUCCCGCCAGAGCAAGUGGGACAUUGGGGCAGUGCAGUGGAACCCACACGACAGCUACGCCUACUACUUUGCAGCCUCGAGCAAUCAGCGAGUUGACCUGUAUAAGUGGAAGGAAGGAAAUGGGGAGGUUUGCACAUCGCUGCAAGGACACACACGUGUGAUCAGCGACCUGGACUGGGCAGUGUUCGAGCCAGACCUGCUGGUCACCAGUUCUGUGGACACAUACAUCUACAUCUGGGACAUCAAAGACACCAGGAAGCCCACGGUCUCCCUCUCUGCAGUCGCUGGAGCCUCCCAGGUGAAAUGGAACAAGAAGAAUGCCAACUGUUUAGCAACCAGCCACGAUGGGGAUGUCCGAAUAUGGGACAAAAGGAAACCCAGCACUGCAGUGGAGUAUUUGGCAGCUCAUCUCUCCAAAAUCCAUGGUCUGGACUGGCAUCCUGACAAUGAGUACACAUUGGCCACUUCCAGCCAGGACAACUCUGUCAGGUUCUGGGAUUACCGUCAGCCUCGGAAAUACCUCAAUAUCCUUCCCUGCCAGGUUCCUGUCUGGAAGGCAAGAUACACGCCUUUCAGCAAUGGGCUGGUGACAGUGAUGGUCCCCCAGCUCCGUCGGGAGAACAGUCUCCUCCUGUGGAAUGUCUUUGACCUGAACACGCCUGUCCACACUUUUGUGGGCCAUGAUGAUGUGGUGCUGGAGUUCCAGUGGAGGAAGCAGAAAGAAGGUUCCAAAGACUACCAGCUGGUGACGUGGUCCCGCGAUCAGACCCUGCGGAUGUGGCGGAUUGACUCCCAGCUGCAGAGGCUCUGUGCCAAUGACAUCCUGGAUGGAGUUGAGGACCUGAUUGAUGGGAUUUCUCACCUGCCAGAGCCGGACAAGACCCUUCACCCCCAGGAUGCAGAGCCCCAGCAUAACUCUGGACAUGGGGAUGAGGAAGCCUUAAAAGAAGAUUUCCUGAACGACCCUCUGGUGGGAAAGAAAACAGACCAGCUGGGGCUGCCUCAAACACUGCAGCAGGAGUUUUCACUGAUCAAUGUGCAGAUCCGAAAUGUCAAUGUGGAGAUGGACGCGGUGAGUCGCAGCUGUACGGUGUCCGUGCACUGCGGCAACCACAGGGUCAGGAUGCUGGUGAUGUUCCCUGUCCAGUAUCCCAAUAAUGCUGCACCGUCCUUCCAGUUCAUCAACCCGACCUCGAUCACGGCCUCCAUGAAGGCAAAGCUGCUGAAGAUACUGAAAGACACUUCCCUGCAGAAGGUGAAGCGGAACCAGAGCUGCCUGGAGCCCUGCCUGCGUCAGCUGGUCUCCUGGCUGGAGUCUGUCGUGAACCAAGAGGACAGCACGUCCAGCAAUCCCUACGCUUUGCCGAACUCCGUGACACCCCCCCUGCCCACCUUCGCUCGCGUCUCCAACGCCUACGGCUCCUACCAGGACUCAAACAUCCCAUUCCCACGGACCUCUGGAGCCAGGUUCUGUGGUGCAGGGUACCUGGUGUACUUCACGAGACCCAUGACCAUGCACCGCGCCGUGUCUCCGAUGGAGCCCACGCCCAGGUCCCUGUCAGCGUUGUCAGCGUACCACAGCGGCCUCAUCACUCCCAUGAAGAUCCGCACGGAGACCCCGGGCAACCUGCGCUUGUACAGCGGGAGCCCCACGCGCAGCGAGAAGGAGCAGGUCUCCAUCAGCUCCUUCUACUACAAGGAGAGGAUGUCUCCUCGCUCUGCCCGGCGACGUUGGUCCAUACAAGCAAUUAACGACUUCCCGAAAUCCAGGAGGUGGAAAAGCAAACGAGAGGGGACGGACGCCAACAACCGACCCAUCAAAGCUGCUGGGAAAGUUAUUAUCCAAGAUAUUUCCUGCUUGCUGCCUGUCCACAAGCUGCUGGGGGAGCUCUACAUAUUGAAUGUGAAUAACAUCCAGGAGACGUGCCAGAAGAACGCUGCCUCGGCCUUGGCUGUGGGACGGAGGGAUCUGGUGCAGGUUUGGUCACUGGCCAUGGUAGCCACUGAUCUCUGUCUCGGACCGAAGUCUGACCCAGAUUUGGAGAUACCUUGGGCACAACAUCCAUUUGGACGUCAAUUACUGGAGUCCCUGCUGGCUCAUUACUCACAGCUCCACGACGUGCAGACCCUGGCCAUGCUCUGCAGCGUGUUUGAAGCCCAGUCCAGGCUGCAGGGGUGCCCCAACUCCUACGGCCCCUUUCCUCAGCGUGCCUCCAACCUGGCCUCCCACAGCCGAUACCCCAGCUUUACUUCCUCUGGCUCCUGUUCCAGCAUGUCAGACCCUGGAAUUGGCACCGGAGGCUGGAACAUAGCAAACAAAGACACGGAGCAGGCCUCCACUCCCUGGUGCGAGUCUUCCCCGGAUGACUUCCGCUACGGAAACCUGAUGUAUCCUGACCAUCGGGAGCGGGAGAAAGACCAGCAUGAGAAAAACAAGAGGCUGCUGGAUCCUGCCAACACUCAGCAGUUCGAUGACUUUAAGAAGUGCUACGGGGAAAUCCUUUAUCGCUGGGGCCUGCGGGAGAAGCGGGCGGAGGUGCUGAAGUUUGUGUCGUGUCCCCCUGAUCCCCACAAAGGAAUUGAGUUCGGCGUGUACUGCAGCCACUGCCGCAGCGAGGUGCGCGGCACCCAGUGCGCCAUCUGCAAGGGCUUCACCUUCCAGUGUGCCAUCUGCCACGUGGCCGUGCGCGGCUCCUCCAACUUCUGCCUGACCUGCGGCCACGGGGGCCACACCAGCCACAUGAUGGAGUGGUUCCGCACGCAGGAGGUGUGUCCCACGGGCUGCGGGUGCCACUGCCUGCUCGAGAGCACCUUCUGAGCAGGGAGGGGGACGGCAUCCCUG